UAAAGCAAGAUAUAACCCUUUCAUUUAUGACUGAUCAAUACAGCCUCUUCUUUGCGACGUGCGUCACAGGCGUGCAAUAAAGGCGCAGUUUAGCAGCCAAAGCAGUGUAAGGGACCAGUUCAGCUCCUGGAACAUUUUUUAUUUUAUUUUUUCAAAGAAGAAGAAGGGGGAAAAAAAAGAAGCGUCGUCGCAAUCUCGCAGCUCCUCUGUCCAUCUUAUUAUUAGCGCUUGGCUCCGCCCUCCUACCUGUAAAUCUCCCCCCGCUCUCCUCUCCUCUGGAGCGGAUCUGACAGGCUCGCUCAGCUGGCCGCUCCGUGCCAGGGCUGCAGGGGGACCGAAUGGAGGCAGCGACAUCCAACCGAGCGGCGCGCCAGUCCUCUCCUUAACGCAGAAUCGACAACCCAAACCGCCUGUUUGAAUAUGUAGUCUUCUGACCUGCGUUUAUUUUGUUCCCCCCCCCGCUCCCCUUCAACCUUUAGGACUGAAUUACACGCGAAGCUUCGACACUGAAGGAGAGUUCAAAUCGAUUCUUCAUCCGCUGAUCGACAGGAUUCCUGAAUGGAAGACGGCUAGGGAAAGGAGCACAGCCCGCAACAUUUUUAAAAAAAAUAUUUUUUUAUUUAUUUUUUUAAAUCCUCUGCUGUUUGUGUGUCUGCAUUAUCAGGAGGGGGGUUGGGGGGAAAGCAACAGCAGCCUCGGCGGCUGCAAACGACGCCGUCCCUGUCGCGGCGUAUGGCGUGAAAGGGGCAGAAAAGCCCCUCAGAAUGAGAAGCGCCUAAGAUUCGUCGUUAUUAUUGCGGAUUUAAAUGCCUCACUCCAAGGGGCCACCGAGGCGCUAUUUUGGUCUGCUUUGCGUACGCGGCGGCUGACACUGUCAUUAAUAAUAAACAAUUCUCUGGCAUUAGAAACUAUAUAUUUAUGAAGAUAAUCUGGUGGGGCUGUCAAAAUCUAGUGCAAAAAUAAAGGGGGUUGGGAGGGUGUAUAUAUAUACAUUUCUUUCUUUCUGUUUUUUAAAGCAAUAUGGCUGGUGAGUGGGGUUGGGGACGCUGGCACAGGCUCUCCAAGGCUCCUCAAUGCUAGCCGAGGCACAUGGCACGGAUCCCCAUGGAAGCGACAGCUCUAUGAGGACAAGCAGCAUCGAUAAUAACAACAAUCCGGACUCUUCGAUCUUAAUAUCCAAGAUGGAAGGCGUUGUCAUCCCCUACACGUCUGAGGUGCCAUGCGACGACUAUGGACAGCGCAUGUGGUGGGCAUUCCUCGCCUCCUCCAUGGUGACGUUUUUCGGGGGUCUCUUCAUCAUCCUGCUAUGGAGGACCCUGAAGUAUCUGUGGACUGUCUGCUGCCACUGCAACAUAAAACAUAAGGAGGCUCAAAAGGUGAAUAACCCUGCCAACAAUCCGACAGCAGACAAGACAACAAAAGGUCCUGAUGAGAAGGAGGAGGCAGCAGCCAGCGAGGUGGGAUGGAUGACUUCAGUCAAAGACUGGGCUGGUGUCAUGAUCUCCGCUCAGACACUCACAGGCAGGGUUCUGGUGGUGUUAGUCUUUGCUCUCAGCAUUGGAGCCCUUGGAAUAUACUUUAUAGACUCCUCAGAUCCUAUAGAAUCCUGCCAGAACUUCUACAAAGAUUUUACACUACAAAUCGAUAUGGCCUUCAAUGUCUUCUUCCUCCUGUACUUUGGCUUGCGGUUUAUAGCAGCCAAUGACAAGCUGUGGUUCUGGCUGGAGGUCAACUCAGUGGUCGACUUCUUCACCGUUCCUCCUGUGUUCGUCUCUGUAUACCUAAACAGAAGCUGGCUUGGUUUAAGAUUUCUGAGAGCACUAAGACUGAUUCAAUUCUCAGAAAUAUUACAGUUCCUAAAUAUUUUGAAAACAAGCAAUUCCAUCAAGCUGGUGAACUUGUGUUCCAUCUUUAUAAGCACGUGGCUCACGGCGGCUGGAUUUAUACAUCUGGUGGAAAACUCAGGGGAUCCGUGGGAAAACUUUGAAAAUUCCCAGUCGCUGUCUUAUUGGGAAUGCGUCUACUUGCUGAUGGUGACGAUGUCUACAGUGGGUUACGGGGAUGUCUAUGCAAAAACCACCCUGGGCCGCCUGUUCAUGGUCUUCUUCAUCCUUGGUGGUUUGGCCAUGUUUGCCAGCUACGUCCCUGAAAUCAUAGAGUUAAUAGGAAACCGCAAGAAAUAUGGUGGUUCCUAUAGUGCGGUUAAUGGGAGAAAGCACAUUGUGGUCUGUGGUCAUAUUACCCUCGAAAGUGUCUCCAACUUCCUCAAAGACUUCCUACACAAGGACAGGGAUGAUGUCAAUGUAGAAAUUGUUUUUCUCCAUAAUAUUUCCCCUAAUCUUGAGCUGGAAGCCUUGUUCAAACGCCAUUUUACUCAAGUCGAGUUCUACCAGGGAUCGGUUCUCAACCCUCAUGAUUUGGCCCGAGUGAAGAUCGAGUCAGCGGAUGCCUGUCUAAUUUUGGCCAACAAAUAUUGUGCAGAUCCUGAUGCUGAAGACGCUUCUAACAUCAUGAGGGUCAUAUCCAUCAAGAACUAUCAUCCCAAGAUCAGAAUAAUAACACAGAUGCUACAGUAUCACAAUAAGGCCCAUCUGCUGAACAUUCCCAGCUGGAACUGGAAGGAAGGUGAUGAUGCUAUAUGCCUGGCUGAGCUGAAGGCUGGUUUCAUUGCCCAGAGCUGUCUGGCACAGGGCCUGUCGACCAUGCUGGCCAAUCUCUUCUCCAUGAGGUCCUUCAUUGAGAUUGAGGAGGACACAUGGCAGAAGUAUUACCUAGAAGGAGUAGCUAAUGAGAUGUACACAGAGUAUUUGUCCAGUGCCUUUGUAGGCCUCUCCUUCCCCACUGUGUGCGAGUUGUGCUAUGUGAAGUUGAAGCUGUUGCUUAUUGCCAUUGAAUUCAAGUCUGAGCAGAGAGAGAGCAGAAGCCGAAAGCGCAUCCUCAUCAAUCCAGGCAAUCACGUCAAGCUGCAGGAGGGAACACUGGGAUUCUUUAUUGCUAGCGAUGCCAAAGAAGUAAAGCGAGCAUUUUUCUACUGCAAAGCUUGUCACGAUGACAUCACAGACCCCAAAAGGAUCAAAAAGUGCGGCUGCAAACGACUGAUUUAUUCCAAGAUGUCCGUCUACAAACGAAUGAAACUGGCAUGUUGUUUUGAUUGCGGCCGUUCAGAGCGAGACUGCUCUUGCAUGUCAGGCAGUGUACAUAGUAACAUGGACACCCUUCAGAGGGCCUACCCACUUUCCUCUGUCUCUGUUCAUGAUUGCGCAACCACUUUACGUGCCUUCUCCUCAGCUAAAUAUAAGUAUAAUGGAUUUGUCAGAUCACCAGCAGAUGGCGCUACAACACCACGGAACAGUGGAAGCCAAAAAGAGGCUGGCGUUCGAUUCAAAGCUGAUUGCAAUCUAGUUGAGGAUGAGCAUCCAUCGACUCUCUCACCCAAAAAAAAGCAGCGCAAUGGGGGGAUGCGAAACUCGCCCAACUGCUCGCCCAAAAUGAUGAGUCGACAUGAUCCCCUCCUAAUUCCUGGAAAUGAACAAAUUGAGAACAUGGACAUGAACGUCAAGAGGUACGACUCGACGGGAAUGUUUCACUGGUGCCCUUCCAAAGAAAUCGAGAAAGUCAUCCUGACUCGGAGCGAAGCCUCCAUGACUGUGCUGAGCGGCCAUGUAGUGGUCUGUAUAUUUGGGGAUGUCACGUCCGCUUUGGUGGGGCUGCGAAACCUGGUGAUGCCUUUAAGAGCCAGCAAUUUUCACUACCAUGAACUAAAGCCUAUAGUUUUUGUGGGCUCGCUGGAUUACCUUCGGAGAGAGUGGGAGACUUUACACAACUUCCCCAAGGUCUCCAUCUUACCUGGUACACCAUUAAGUCGGGCAGAUUUAAGGGCUGUCAACAUCAACCUCUGUGACAUGUGCGUAAUACUGUCAGCCAAUCAGAACAAUAUCGAAGAUGCCUCUCUGCAGGAUAAGGAAUGCAUCUUGGCAUCACUCAACAUCAAGUCUAUGCAGUUUGAUGACAGCAUUGGGGUCUUACAGGCUAAUUCCCAAGGUUUCACGCCUCCUGGAAUGGACAGGUCAUCUCCAGACAGCAGUCCAGUACAUGGCUUUGUGCGUCAGGCUUCGGUAACCACCGGAUCCAACAUCCCCAUCAUCACAGAGCUAGCUAAACCUGGCAAACUACUGCCAUUGGUUUCUCUCAGUCAGGAAAGUAAAAGUGGAACCAGCAUACAAAUGAUAACAGAGCUGGUGAAUGACUCGAACGUUCAGUUCCUGGACCAAGACGAUGACGACGACCCAGACACGGAACUGUACCUCACUCAGCCCUUCGCCUGCGGCACCGCCUUUGCCGUCAGUGUACUCGACUCCCUGAUGAGUGCGACAUACUUCAACGAUAACAUCCUCACACUAAUCCGGACACUAGUCACGGGAGGAGCCACGCCAGAGCUGGAGGCCCUGCUGGCUGAGGAGAACGCUCUCAGAGGAGGCUACAGCACGCCACAGACGCUGGCCAACAGAGACAGGUGUCGCGUCGCCCAGCUGGCCCUGUAUGACGGCCCGUUUGCUGACUUAGGGGACGGUGGCUGCUACGGUGACUUGUUCUGUAAAGCCCUGAAAACAUACAACAUGCUGUGUUUUGGGAUCUACAGAUUAAGAGAUGCUCAUCUCGGCACACCAAGCCAGUGCACAAAACGAUAUGUGAUCACAAACCCCCCGUACGAGUUUGAACUGGUGCCCACAGACCUGAUCUUCUGCCUCAUGCAGUUUGACCACAAUGCUGGCCAGUCACGGACAAGCUUAUCCCACUCUUCCCACUCCUCCCAUUCCUCCAGCAAAAAGAGUUCCUCUGUGCACUCGGUGCCUCCCUCCAACCGGCAGAACCGCAGCAGUAAGAGCAGAGAGGCAAGGGAAAAACAGAAUGCAACAAGGAUGAAUAGAAUGGGCCAAGAAAAGAAAUGGUUUACAGAUGAACCGGAAAAUGCCUACCCAAGGAACAUUCAGAUCAAGCCCAUGAGCACUCACAUGGCCAACCAAGUCAACCAAUACAAAUCCACUAGUAGCCUGAUUCCACCAAUCAGAGAAGUUGAAGAUGAAUGCUGAACAGAGGCAUGAGGGUUUCUUUGCUUACUCGCCAGACAUCUGUGCGCUCUGUCUGAAGAGACGAACCGAGAUCACCAGUGGAUGAUAAUGCCCCCAGGGGUAUUGAAGACUGACACAUUUUUCUUCACUCUUUCUUCCAGUCAAGGGUUGGACAGAAACACGGACAAGAAGGGACCUCCUGUGUGUAUACCCUAAAUGUUAAUUCCAUACUUUGGACUCUGUUUAAUUUACACAUGUAUCCAUAAAGAUGUACAUAAUGACAAUCAAAUAAGGACUGUACAGCCCCUUCCCUCUAGCACUUUUUUGGAAUUAUUUUAAGAAUUGACAAGAAAAAAAAGUACUUCCUGUUAUUCUUUGCAAUAGUUCACUUCUUCAUAAGACCAUGGAUUAAGGUGGUGAUGAGUUAUUGGAGAAUGAGGAUUCAAGCGAUAAACUGACAAUAUCAUCUCCCAAAGAUCCACCCAGAUGCGUUGCGUAAAAACCAGCUGGGUUCAUCGUCAUCAUAUCUUCUGUCUGCUUCUGUUUACUAUUUGCACUAAAACUAGAAAAAAAGGCUUCUUUUGACAGAACAACUGGAAGCAUCAACCCCCCACCCCCAUCCCCACCCCCUCAGCAGUAAAUUGUCUCAGAGGAGAUUUGCAUAUGGAUGGAAUGAAGGAGGAGGAAAAGAAAGGGAAGGGGUGCUGGGCUUUGGAGAAGGGGUGCUGGGCUUUGGAUGCAUACUAAUCUUGUUCUUCGGUUGUUAUCCAUCAUGUUACUUAUGGUUUGCAGAUUUACCUUGAAUCGUCACUUUGAGCAAGAGCAUUCCAGCCCUGCAGAACAUAAUCACCUUGCAAAGCAGAAAUCUAUUAACUCAAAAUGGUGCAAUGAAGGUUCAUGCUUUCUUGAAAGACAACUCUGUACCCAUAUGUUUUCUGCAGAUAUGUCAAAUACCGAGGCUGAGAUUCACAUUCAACCUCAAAUGUGUGCCUAAUCCCUGUUUAUAGCACACAGUGGCGGUUCCUAUAUAAAUGGUACCCUAGGCAAGCCCCUUCGUCUGAAUCCUCAGAGGAAUAGAAGGAAAAUGGAACAGAAUAUUUCAGCAGUAUUCAGUGAAUUUCUGUCCAGUAUAGAAAUUUACUGUUCAGGUGUGAUCAGCCUAAGAAUUUUGGAUUUUCAACAAAUCCAGUCGAGAUCAAACAAAAAUGAUGAAAUUGGUUUUUAAUUUAACAUAAUCAGACAUUUCUAAUGUGUGUUUUAACUCUGUUUACACUGCGCAAAAAAACUUGGUAGCAUUUGCUAAAUGUUGACUGGAUGUGCAAAUAAACAGAAAAGCCAGAAUGCCCCAUGCAGUGUGCUACCCUGCGCAGUGGGCCGUGGUCCACUUCAAAAACCGCCACUGUUAACACAAACACUAUAGUGUUUGCAUCAUCCAUUAAGUUGUGUGUGUAAAAGUGUGCAUCUCAGCCACUUGUAUCUCCUGUGUCAGUGUAAAGCAUCCACCCUCACUGGAAUGUAUGCACUGGUCUGCACCUGGAGGGAACUGCAUGUAUGAUCUUAGUACUAAAGCAAAGUUACUAACAAUGAUAAAAACUAGAGGAUUUGGAUCUACAACUAGUCAAGUUGCAUUAAAGGUAAAAUGAAAGAGCCCCAACUAUGGUUGGUCUAGCAUGAACGGCAGCUGAUUGGCGUUCCUAAACAUAUCGCCGUGGCAUCUGCGGCAGACUAGGGAUCAAAAAGAACAGUACUGCAUUUUCUGAAUGUUUUUUUUUUUUUCUUGUGUCACCCUAAAGUUGGUCUCUGUAGCAGGAAAUGCCACAUAGCGCAUAAUAGUGGGCAUCAAUAGCCCUUCUCUGAUCUGAGCCACUGCCUGGCACAAGGUUGGCGCAGAGGCAGUUAAGAGCUUGGAUGUUCUCUGCAGCCAAUCUAGAUGUCACAUCCCUCAAAGGUUUCAGGAGUUAACCAGCUGUGCUCUAUCCUGUAAGGCUCAACCAUAGUUGGCUGAAAUGCAACAAGUCCACAGACAGCAUUGAAGUACACUGAAGAUGUGCUUGUGUUCUUAAUGCCGGCCUGCUUACGCCUGUAGAUCCAAAUCCAGCUGUUAUGGACUAAGCCUUCUAGAAAUGUGGUGGUGAAUUUCUAUAUUUAAACUUUAUUUUAUACCAUAAACAUAACUGAUUUAUAUUUAUUUUUCUAACAAAUAAUCUAGAAGGAAUUGCUUUGGAAGAUAAAUAUUCAGAAUCUUUAACAUAUCAAUUGAGUUUAUGAAAUAAAAAGCGCUAUUUAUUUUCACUAUUUAAUUCCGUCACCCGCUGCACCCUCUAACAGAAUGCAUCGCUCCGGAGCAGACAAAACUCACAGCUCGGCUCCACUGAGUGCAUGCAGAAAUGAACUUGAGCUCACCUUACGCAUAGUUUAGGUGCAUUGUGUCUAUGAAAUCAUGUGUAAGGGUAGGUGGAGGUGAACUAUGUUUUUGAGGGGUGGGGGACGGAAUUCAGCAACUGGAGUGAAGAGUCAAAGAAGAAGAAGUUGCUCCCACUGUGUCCAGGCCAGAACUAACUGACCUUCAGGAGACAUGUUUGACCUAAAUUAGGUCUCUAGUGUGGGGAAAGAAGAUGCGAAAAUUACAGCACAGUGUGCUAGUGUUUUCAUGAGACAAAAUAAUUUAGUAAAAUAAAUAAAUAUGCCUGGGAGAUGCUGUUUGUUUACUGCAGUGAUUCUCUUCUCUAUAGACUGUAAAGGAAAAGUAACUCCAAACAUAGGAGGCCCUUUUGGAAUAUGGAAAAAAAUAUAUAUUGUGCUAAAUAUGUUUGUGUAAACUCAACCCAUGAUAUAGAGCACACGUCUUUCUCAAACAAAAUGAUCCGAGCUUAAGUGUUUGUCUAUUGGGUGUAACUAUAAUGGCGCUUCAUACACAUUGUCCUGAAGUGAACUUUUGGAACUGUGAUUACAUCAUUGUCACACAUUGUAGCAAAUAGAUUUCUUAAAAAAAAAAAGUGAGUAAAAUAUUUGUAGAAUUGGGAUGUUUAUAGCAGAUUUGCUAGCCUGAAUGCUAAGAAAUUAUUAAUGUGACAAUGACUCAAACUGAACUGACAAAUUUAAGAAUAAAAAAAUUAUAUUGGGUUUUAUUUAAGAAUGCAGAGACUAUUUAAGGAAAAGUAAGAUGUGGUUAAACAUCUGAGGUAGAAGGUAGCACCAAUUCAGCAAUGGUUAUCAAAAGAGAGAACAUUGUUAGCUUUCCUGGGUUUUACUUUGUUAUAAUCCGAGAUUUACAUUCCAUUUUGUCAGCUUGUCAUUAUCUGUCACAAACUGUCACAACUGCUUCUGAUUUGUUUACACGGUACCUUUAAGGCAUUUAAUGCUUCAAACUGACAACACAUGAAUUUAUUUUCCAUAUACUUAAUGACUUUUCUACCUGAGCCCCCAUCAUGCAACUCAUUCAAACCAGCGUUAUGAAAAGUGGAUUAAGAUGUGUCUUCUUCCUGCACUGUUAACAAUGUCUUUGUAUUGUAUACCUCUAAACCUUUUUUUUUAAGUGCCAUGAAUUUUUGUUUGAGCAAGCAUCCUUCAGUCAUCCAGUCAAGUCCAAGUGCUUGUUUUUUUUCUCCCCCCCAACUGUGAGAAACAGUCUUGUACUGACAUGGAGAACAUCCAAGCCACCAAUGCCUCCAUGCCAGUACAGUGCCAGGCAGUGCAGUAGGUCAGAAGAAGGGCCUAGAAUUAAGUCCCACUAAAGCGAAAAGUGGCAUUCAGGAGGUUGGAGCAGAGAGUAGAAGGAGUUAGAACCCCCAGAGGUCAAAUCAUGCAUAUUGUCUCUGCUGCAGGUCUUGUCACAGUGUACAGUGAGAUAUGGAUGACUGAAGGAUUCACACACAAGACCGUAGAUGUUACUUCACACAUGGUUUUCAACUUCAGUCUGAGAUCAAAGAAUAUGUUAAUGUGGCAGUAUGUUGCAUUAGUUUUAUUUUCAGUAUUAUUGUUUAGAUUUUUUUUAGCCGUAACAGAUGGAUAUGAAUUAUUUGCAGGACAUUGUACUAGGUAUGAUAUAUAAGAUGGGGAAUGGAGGGAGGUCUCAAGUCUUAAUAACACAUUAAAGUUACGUUCAGCACUUUUGUCCAAAUAUAUGUUGCUUUUUAUCAUUUCAGGAAGAUUUCAGAAUAUUACUGUUGAUUAUCCCAGGUAGGAGUUGUUAACAUAUUGUCAUUGCAGCAUACAGGAGUCUGACAUAGCAUUCUAAUUAGUUUGGAUGUGUUUUAGAUAUGAAGGAUAAACGGAUUAUUUGAUGGUGCUGAGUUGAUCUACCUGACUCUGUCAAAUAUAAUCUGCUGAUAAAUAUUCUGUCUUGUACAAAAAAGUUUGUACAUAGAUUGUACAUGGUUUCUUUUUGUAUUUUCUCAAAUUAAAAUGGAUGUAUUUGUGUUCUAA